AUGAAGCAAAACUUCAUGUUGGUUGGCGGCCUUUGCUAUGGGCUGCCAACUUUGGGAUUCGUGAUGCCUACCAGCAGGUGUUCAACCGCCGGCUCAAGGUCCGCUUUCAGUAGAAUGGAUGCUCGUGGGUCCUUUCUGAUGGAAACAGACGACGAUACUACGGCCCCUGCCAACAAUGGUGCUAGUUAUAUUCGCUGGAAGACCCGAUCGUCCGCCAAUGCUCCUUCUGCCGAUGUUUGGGAACUGCAGACAGCCGUCACGACGUUCCAAAGGACAAACCCUGAAACCAAGACCACGGAACGAAUUGAGUUGCAUGCUCAAGUUCAUUUUGGUGCGCAGGAGUACUUUGACUACUUCAACAGUGCCGAGUUUCGAGACAAACAUGACCAAGUUCUGUACGAACUGUUGGUAGACGAAUCCUUGUUGGGUUUGAGUCCGGAUAAAAGAGGGCGAUCAUUGACAGAGGGCCUACAGGCAUCGCAGAGCGAUCAGUCUUUGGCUCAAGGAUACGGAUGGAUGUGCCAAGUCGAUGUCAUGGAUUACACACAACCGAAAUGGAAACAUGCCGACUUUACACGACAAGAGCUAUUGCAGCAGCAACAACAACAGCAACAACGCCAAGGCAGUGCACUGGACAGCAAUAGUCGUCCUCUCUGGCAACAAGGCACGACAUUAAAUUUUUGGCAACCAGCAGUCUCUGCUCUCUUUGUAGGGCCACCAUCGUUGUUUGUUGCGGCCGACACGGACGAUCCUGCAGCCGCCACAAAACGGCAGCUCUUUACAAACUUGUUUCUACCUGGCAAUCAACUGGCUGGUUGGCUCAGAGCCAUGCUGUGGGUCACUGUACCAGCACCAGAAAUAUCUGUUCUACUACUCGAUUGGAGUUCUUUGUUUCUAUCCACGAGAUCGUCUGCCAAGUUUAGCCCAGUGACACUGCCCAUUCUGCAGUCUUUAAUGACACUCCAGAUUGCCCAGCUCAGGCAAUUGAUUUUUGGCCAAGUCUUGGUAUCGGGAAAUUCGGGUCAACAACAACAGCAAAAGCAAAAUCAGGAUUGGAACUUGCUAGUCACGCAGAGAAAUGACCAUGCGCUGCGAGUUCUUCGCUCCUCCUUGGUGGCACCCUCAACUGGCCGAAAACAACCGCAACAACUUGCUCUACUCUAUGGUUGCAGUCAUUGCCCGGACCUGCACACAAAAUUGGUCAGGGACUUUGGAUUUGCACCAACCAAGACCACGUGGAGGACAGCGUGGUCUGUUUCCGUGCCAAACACAUUUGCAAGAGGAGACAACAACGGCCCCAAUGUUGCACCUGCUGCUACCAAACAGGAAAAUGUUGAUGAUUCAUCCAUGCAGUUGUUGUCCGACUUGACGAACUCAUUGCCGCCCACUGCAUGGGCAGCCCUGUUCGUUUUGUUCCCCUUGUAUCUGGGUGUGGGCGCUGUGGAUUGGGUCGAUACGAUUCAUUCAUCUUCUGUAUCUUUAUUGGAGAAACACAAUCCAGUCUCCUUCACUGGCGAUUGGUUCUUGUAUCUCAUCAGGCAUGUUCUGUGCUACAUAGGCGUAUCCAAGUUUUCAUUGGAAUGGCAGGACCCAAACAACAGAAACAACAACAAGGGCACGUGA